GCGGCUGACCAUCCACUCUGCACUGCAUAUCCGUUACAUUAACUUCCAAACAUAUCGGGACCAGAAUAUAAGCUGCUCCAGAUGGGGCUACCAGCCAUCGAGGAUAACAACCUGUCUGGAGAGAGCUGUGAUUGGUCUUGAUCCCGUGUCCCGCCUACUGACGUGUCUACCAGCUACUGAUUGGCUCAUGGUAAACAAACUGGACCCCAAGCCUGGGGAUGAGGGGCCUGACGUGGACCAGCAGAAGCCCCAGUACCGCUAGCAUCCGGCUACGCUAGCACCCAGUACCGCCAGCCCCGCUUAGCACCGCUGGCUCCCAGUUCAGCUAGCGCCAGUAGCACAUAGCAGCGCGAGCAUCCCCCAUUAAAGCUUGCGCUGCUAGAGCACGAGCCUCUCUCGCGAUACUAGCAUCCAGUACAGCUAGCACCGCUGAAACACGCACACACCUCGCACCGCUCAGAGCUCACUGCGUGCAGCCAUGAACUGAGCGACUCAAAUACAAACAUUUUGAACUUGUCUUUCGUUUCGUGUUUCAUUGCUUCAAGGCCUCUGUUGGUUGGGUCACACCUAGUUUACAACCUGCCAAAAGUGCCUUUGGGAACCCCCACACCCCCCCCCACACCCCCACCCCACCCCUCCCGACCACGUCACCAUUAUGUUUGACGCCACUGGCCUCCCGGGUGCGGUUGCAUGCUGCUAAGACAUCUCGACGAGGUGUCGCCGAUCGCUUGCCUUGGCUCCCUGCCCCCCCCCUGUCGCCGUGACGACCCCCCCCUGCCUCCGUCGCCAUGGUGAGCUUCCAGUCCAAGUGGCGAUACCUGUUCAUGUUCCUGGGCGUGCAGCUGGUCGUCAUGGCGCUGCUGUCCCGCGAGGGCUACCAGAGACGGGUCACCUACUUCAUGCGCAUUUUCCGCAAAAGCGACGGUGUCGGCCGUAACCUGUCGGCCACGGGCAGCGACGUCUACGCCAACCUGACCAUCCUGGCCAGGGCCCCGUCCAGCAGCGACGUCAUGACCUACUGCCCCCAGACCUCGCCCUUCAUACGUGGGCCCAUCCACGUAAGCUUCCCUUCGGGCCUGACUCUGGCGCAGGUGCAGCGGAAGAACCCCCUGGUGGUGAGGGGGGGGCGGUACCGGCCGCCCGGCUGUGAGUCCAGGCACAGCACAGCCAUCAUCAUCCCCCACAGGAACCGCGAGCACCACCUCAAGUUCCUCCUCUACUACCUGCACCCCUUCCUCCAGCGACAGCAGCUCAACUAUGGGAUCUACAUCAUACACCAGGCCGGGAACUACACGUUUAAUCGAGCCAAGCUAAUGAACGUGGGCUUCCGGGAGGCGAUGCGAGAGGAAAACUGGGACUGCCUGUUUUUCCACGAUGUGGACCUGAUCCCAGAAGACGACCGCAACACGUACAUCUGUGACGCCAACCCAAAGCACGCUGCUAUCGCCAUGGACAAGUUUGGCUACAAGCUUCCUUACAAUCUGUACUUCGGAGGCGUGUCUGCUCUGACUCCGCUGCACUACCUCAAGAUGAACGGCUUCCCGAACAACUACUGGGGCUGGGGGGGGGAGGACGACGACAUCGGAGUCAGGGUUUCUCUCGGUGGGAUGCACAUCACGCGUCCGUCCGUGAGAGUCGGCCGCUACAAGAUGAUCAAACACAAGCUGGACAAAGGCAACGACAUCAAUCCUAAACGAUUCAACAUGCUGGCCAAAACCCGCCAGUCGUGGAAGCUGGACGGGAUGAACACUGCAGAGUAUGAGAUCGUACGGCGCCAGCACCGUCCCCUCUACACCAACAUCACGGUGGACAUCGGCACAGAGGAAGGCCUCCACAAAACCCCAGCAGCUGCCAAGCCAGAACCCGUCGACCCAGCCAAACCCAACCAGGAGCAAGGGAAGAGCUAGUGGCACUGCUGGGGAGUUGCAGUUCACCGGAAGGUUACGCCUUCUUAAUGCAGGGUUUCCAACCCACUGGAACCCACGUGCCCGUACCAGAGACACUUUGUUAAUGCUGCACAGGAAGAGACACACAACAGGGACGGAUCUUUAAAGACACUCCGGACCGCGGGUUGGAGUAGAGUUAAAUCAUGGACUCUAUGAGUUACUACUAGGACAUGUAAACGUAUGUAAUGUACAGCGCAGACCGCUGGCUAACCCUCACGCUGCCUUAAAGUCCAUGGAUGAAUGGUUCCAUUUUUAAUGAAAACAGAUUUUAGUUUUUUAUUUCAUCUUCUUCUUUUUCGGUGCCGGCCUGGUGUGAGCAGCUGGUAGCAUACGGACAGCUGCUUCCCGGUAAUAGCGGGGUUUAUCAUCGUCUUAUAGGGCUCUUAUAAAGGAGCCGUGAAUAAGAAAGAGAGUUAAUAUUACUGCUUCCAAAGAGAUAAAAUGAUUCAAAACACGCCUUUUCUGUCAGCCCACGCCCUCAUAGGUGGCCUGUAGGCUCCAGCCCUUUUAGUUCAGUCUAGUUUUCUACUGUAUUUGAUUGUACUCCUGUGUAGUUGUAUAUCUUUGCCUUGUUAAGCAGCAAGUCUCAGAGACGGCCGCCGUCCCUGGCUACCGAUUUGUUGUCCAAUCAAAAUGAGUCAAUCAGUGACUUCUAUAUGCCUUGAUUAUGUGUAUAUUUUUGUAAAUGUAAUUCGUGAGUGCUGGCAACUUUUAACCACUUUGCUUCUCCAGUAGAGGUUCUAUCCUAUGUGUGGUCAAUCAAAAGCGUUGGCCGUCCCGUUGUGGGACCUGUGGGCUGACGCAGCCUUCAGCACUGGUGGCUCCUCCCGGAGCCGGAAGCGCUUCCAGACACGUACCGCGGUCCGCACCUCGUUCCUCUCGUCAAACCCUUGUUCAGAUCCCCGGGCGAACAUUGUUCCCUCCUCUUUGACAACAGGAGUUCCAAAAGGCGUGUUUUCCGAAACUGAAUCAUGGACUAGGGGACAGAACCGGGCCUCGGCCACCAGAACCCCUUUGGCCCAGACACCAGAACCCCAGCCCCCCCCCCAGCCACCAGAACCCCUUUGGCCCAGACAACAGACACCAGCCCCCCCCCACCCCGACAACAGAACCCCUUUCCCCCCAAAGCCAGGAGCCCCAUCACCCAAACCCCUUCCCACCAAAGGCAUCAGAAGCCCUUCAGACACCAGAGCCCCUUCCUCCCCUGACAUCAGAACCCCUUCCUCCCCUGACAUCAGAACCCCUUCCCACCCAAAGCCAGUACCCCUCCCCCCCCCAGAUGCUACAACCCCAGACACCAGUACUUGUAUCCCUAGAAAGCGGGACCGACCAGUAGGAGCAGACCAAAGAGCUCUAGCGUGGGUGCUGUGUGAGUGGCGUGGGGAGGUGUGUGGUUUAUGCUCUUAUCGAUUUGAGACUGUGUCCUGCCAAAUGGGAUGCUUGAAGGACAAUUUUAUUCAGACAGGAUAUCUUCUUCACAAUAAAACUCCUUAUUA